AUGAAAAUAGCCCUGAUCUACAUAACUGUGAGCAUUCUGCUCAUACAGUUUGUAGAGGUUAAAGCCGAUUACGAUUGGGAAGAUCUUCCGGAUGGACCCGUCGAAGAAAUAAUACCCGGAGAUGGAGGUGACACUAUCUGGAACCCCGAUCCAAUGGAGCCCUGUGAGUGCGAGGAUAAUCCGACCACAACCGAGAGACCGACUAGAAGACGUACCAAGCGAACAACCACGAGACGAACAACAACGAGACGAACAACCACGAGGCGAACCACCAAAAAAAAGACAACCAGAAGGACUACUCGUAGAAGACACACCACAACCACUCCAGCUACACCGGAUACAGAUGCGCCUUCUACGACCACGGAUGAAACGUGCACUUCUCCUCCAGCAACGUGCAGUUGCUCCGAUCAAACUACUGCGAGCACUACAGACACAGCCCCCGACACUACUACCCCAAGAAGUCCCUGUAGCGUUGACACUUCUACUGCAAUUCCUCCUUGCACCUGUCCCCAAGAAACUUCUAGUGCAAUACCUACCAGUACCUGUAGCGUCGAGACUUCUACGGCACUACAUACCUGUCCAUGUGGCAUAGAAACAACCACAGCAUCGCGAUGUGAAACAACAACAACAACAUCCACAGCUUCCACUCCAAGAUGCCCAACAACAACAACAACCCCGCGUGCUCCAACAACCACUUCCACAACAAGGGCAACGUCGACAACUACCACUCCAAGAUGCCCAACAACAACCCCGCGUGCUUCAACAACCACUUCCCCAACAAGGGUCACGUCGACAACUACCACUCCAAGAUGCCCAACAACAACAACCCCGCGUGUUCCAACAACCACUCCCACAACAAGGGGCACGUCGACAACUACCACUCCAAGACCCUCAACACCGACGUGUUCAUGUGCUCCAAUAACUUCCACACCAAGAGGCCCAACAACAACCCCGCAUGCUCCAACAACCACUUCCCCAACAAGGGCUACGUCGACAACUACCACUCCAAGAUGCCCAACAACAACCCCGCGUGCUCCAACAACCACUUCCACAACAAGGGUCACGUCGACAUCUACCACCCCAAGAUGCCCAACAACAACAACCCCGCGUGCUCCAACAACCACUUCCACAACAAGGGCUACGUCGACAACUACCACUCCAAGAUGCCCAACAACAACAACCCCGCGUGCUCCAACAACCACUUCCCCAACAAGGAGGCCCAACAACAACCCCGCGUGCUCCAACAACCACUUCCCCAAUAAGGGUCACGUCGACAACUACCACUCCAAGACCCUCAACACCGACGUGUUCAUGUGCUCCAAUAACUUCCACACCAAGAGGCCCAACAACAACCCCGCGUGCUCCAACAACCACUUCCACAACAAGGGUCACGUCGACAACUACCACCCCAAGAUGCCCAACAACAACAACCCCGCGUGCUCCAACAACCACUCCCACAACAAGGGGCACGUCGACAACUACCACUCCAAGACCCUCAACACCGACGUGUUCAUGUGCUCCAAUAACUUCCACACCAAGAGGCCCAACAACAACCCCGCGUGCUCCAACAACCACUUCCCCAACAAGGGCAACGUCGACAACUACCACUCCAAGAUGCCCAACAACAACCCCGCGUGCUCCAACAACCACUCCAACAACAAGGGGCACGUCGACAACUACCACCCCAAGAUGCCCAACAACAACAACCCCGCGUGCUCCAACAACCACUCCCACAACAAGGGGCACGUCGACAACUACCACUCCAAGACCCUCAACACCGACGUGUUCAUGUGCUCCAAUAACUUCCACACCAAGAGGCCCAACAACAACCCCGCAAGCCCAACAACAACAACACCGCGUGCUCCAACAACUACUCCCACAACAAGGGGCACGUCGACAACUACCACUCCAAGACCCUCAACACCGACGUGUUCAUGUGCUCCAAUAACUUCCACACCAAGAGGCCCAACAACAACCUCGCGUGCUCCAACAACCACUCCCACAACAAGGGGCACAUCGACAACUACCACCCCAAGAUGCCCAACAACAACAACCCCGCGUUCUCCAACAACCACUUCUACAACAAGGGGCACGUCGACAACUACCACCCCAAGAUGCCAAACAACAACAACCUCGCGUGCUCCAACAACCACUCCCACAACAAGGGUCACGUCGACAACUACCACACCAAGAUGCCCAACAACUACUCCACUGACAACUCCUACACCUGCCUCCACAACGACCCCUUGUCCGCCCACAACGACUCCAACAAGUCCUCCUUCAACAACCCGGAGUUGUACCACUACAACACCAGCAAUCACAGUUCCCACGACAACCAGGACAACACCUCGUCCGUCAACCACAACGCGUCGUCCUUGCCCUUGCCGGCCACAACCUCCCAGCCAGAUUCCGCCGUGGAAUUGGUGGUAUCCUUUUCCAACUUUCCCCAACCCCGGAUGGCCCUGGCAGCCAAACCCAGUUUUCCCGCAGUGGCCACAGUUCCCAGGAUUUCCCAAUCCUCAGUGGCCGCAGUUACCGGGUAAUCAGCCCUGGCCGGCACCAAUGCCUUCUCCUCAGUGGCCCUGGCCUUGGCCAAGACCACCAGUAGUGAUUCCACCAUCCAACGAAUGUGAGAACAUAUGCGAAAACCUCUUAAAGGGAGUAAAGUAUCAGGAAGAUCUCAUCAGAAGGUGCUUGUGUGCACGUCCAUAA